CUCUGUAGAUAUUUCCCAUCAUGGCGGAGAGUUCGGACAUGGACCAGCUCCUCGCGGCCUUCAGGAAGUUCGCCGUCCACGGAGACAUGAAGGCGACGGGGAAGGAGCUGAACGGGAAGAACUGGGCCAAGCUGUGCAAAGACUGUAAGAUCGUGGACGGGAAGAGCGUGACCGGCACCGACGUGGACAUCGUCUUCUCCAAAGUCAAGCAGAAGACGUCUCGGAUCAUCACCUACGAGGAGUUUCGCAGAGCUCUGGAGGACCUCGCUCCCAAGAGGUUCAAAGGCCAAAGUAAGGACGAGGCGCUGCAGUCGAUCUACCAGCUGGUGGAGGGUCAGGAGCCCACCAACGCCGGUGUGACGAAAGUGUCGAAGACGGCGGCGGUGGACCGACUCACCGACACCACCCGUUACACCGGCUCGCACAAGGAGCGCUUCGACGAGAGCGGCAAGGGCCGAGGCCGCGAGGGCCGCGAGGAGCUGGUGGAGAACACGGGAUACGUGGGAGCCUACAAGAACGCCGGGACGUACGACGCCAAGACGAAGGAGAAGUAAAGCGGCAGGAGGCAGUGCCGCCUGCUGGGAGCUGACAGCAUUACAGCUCUACAGCUCUGCUACAGCACUUAGUGUGGACCGGACCUUGAACUGUGACUCCUCUGUGUGUGUGUGUGUGUGUGUGUGUGUGUGUAGGUGUCUCUGUGUGUGUGUGUGUGUGUGUGUGUGUGUGUGUGUGUGUGUGUUAACUUUGUGUUCAGUCUGAUGAGCUGCACUAAGAUCAGAUUUAUAGAUU